AGUGUCACUAUAACACGAGGGGGUGAGGCACAGCGGGCAGUGCCUGAGCCAGUGCUGGCCACGAGGAGCUCCAGCCCUUCUCUCCAGACUCAGCCACAGAAACAGCCCACCCACCAUGUCGGACGAGGAAGUUGAACACGUGGAGGAGCAGUACGAGGAGGAAGAGGCCCAGGAGGAAGUCGCCCCUCCGCCUGCAGAAGUCCAUGAAGAAGUCCAUGAAGUUCAUGUACCAGAGGAAGUCCAAGAAGAGGAGAAGCCGAGACCCAAACUCACCGCUCCUAAGAUCCCGGAAGGGGAGAAAGUAGACUUUGAUGACAUCCAGAAGAAGCGCCAGAACAAAGACCUCUUGGAGCUGCAGGCUCUCAUCGACAGCCACUUUGAAGCCCGGAAAAAGGAGGAAGAGGAGCUGGUCGCCCUCAAGGAGAGAAUCGAGAAGCGCCGUGCGGAGAGAGCUGAACAGCAGAGGAUCCGGGCCGAGAAGGAGAGGGAGCGUCAGAACAGACUGGCGGAGGAGAAAGCUCGGAGGGAGGAGGAGGAGGCUAAGAGGAGAGCUGAGGAUGACUUGAAGAAGAAGAAGGCUCUGUCCUCCAUGGGCGCCAACUACAGCAGCUACCUGGCCAAGGCUGACCAGAAGAGAGGCAAGAAGCAGACAGCCCGGGAGAUGAAGAAGAAGAUUCUGGCUGAGAGACGCAAGCCACUCAACAUCGACCAUCUCGGCGACGACAAGCUGAGGGACAAGGCCAAGGAGCUCUGGGAGACUCUGUACCAGCUGGAGACCGACAAGUUCGAGUAUGGGGAGAAACUAAAGCGCCAGAAAUAUGAUAUCAUCAACCUCAGGAGUCGCAUCGACCAGGCCCAGAAGCACAGCAAGAAGGCUGGUGCCCCGGCCAAGGGCAAGGUCGGCGGGCGCUGGAAGUAAAGCAGUGCAGGAGGCCUCUCUGGGCAGAGACCCUCGGCCCAUGCAGCCCACAUGGCGGCUUCUGGACCCCAGGCCUGAGGGCGGAGGGCCCCCCCCUCAGCAUCCCCCUCAUCUCUGUCCUCGCUGCCCCCAUCCCCUGGGGUCUGUGAAUAAAGCUAGCAGACUCCCCUCCA